CCUACUUCCACACAACCCAAUCAAUCAAUCUCUCUUCCCUCCCGUCUGGCCAUCUCCUUCGAUUAAAAAAAAAAAAAACAGUUUCUAAAUGGCACUAGCUAGAAGGAUGGAAGUUGCCCUGCUGGUAGCUGCCUUAGUUGCCAUGAUCUGGGCAGAAGCUGCGGCACAAUCCUCAAGUUGCACUAAUACGAUCAUUAGCAUGUCGCCGUGCCUGAACUACAUCACAGGCAACUCAUCAACCCCGUCUUCUUCCUGCUGCUCACAGCUUGCAAGUGUUGUCAAUUCACAGCCAGAGUGCCUAUGUCAAAUCCUUAAUGGAGGUGCUUCUUCACUAGGGAUACAAAUUGACCAAGCUCGGGCUUUGGCGCUCCCUAAAGCAUGCAAUGUCCAAACUCCAUCGGUUAGCCUCUGUAACGCUAUUUCACCGGCAGGAACGCCACCAGCAACUAAGGCCACACCAUCAGUACCAAGCACUCCUUCAGGAGGGGGAUCCAAGACUACAUCAACAAACAGCAAUACUUCAGAUGGAAGCUCUAAUAAAAUGACCUUUUCUCUCCUCUUCUUCCUUCUGACCAUUGCAUCAUACGCUUCCAACUUCACCGGCUUAUGAGUUCUCUUUAACUUAUCUGUGAACUUUUCUAUCAUCCUGAAUGUCCUGUAUUUUGGCAUGGUGUGAUCUUCUUUUUUUUCUUUUGGGUUGUGUGUUGGAGUAGUAUCCAUUUUUUGUUUGGAAUUGUUUCAGGGUUUUAUCAGUGAAGAGAAUUCUUGUAAUGUCUCCUUCCAAUAAAGAUGAUUCACUAUUCAUGGCUUACACAAAAA